UGUGUCUGAAUUCCUAUUCUGGAUAAAAGUGCUCAUAAGAAUUACAUUUUGCAAUUAUUAAUUAUUAUUAAUUAGAGUCCUUGAACUGACCAUGUACUAUUUGCUGUCAAUAAUUGCACAGAUCAAUUGCAGUACAGACGUGUUCGUUCGUUCUCUUUCUUGAAAUGAUAUUUUAACCAAAAAGCACAUAGUGUUACAAAAGAAAUAACCACAUUAUGCCUCGUGGUUACUGAACAUAUUCUUAACAAAUGAUUCCACGCUGAGUAAAGCUGCACAUUGGAGAUCAGUGGUAUGUAGCAGUAAUCUCUGCCCUGUCAGGAGGAUCUUCACUGAUCCAACAAGGACUUUGUUAGAGACACGUCCCAGCUUGUCGGCAUUCACCAACCAGAGGAUGCAGUUUAACCCUGUUACUGACAGGAACAUCAGCCUGAGGCCAGAGGAGGGAAAUUACAUCUGCAUCGGCCGCUACAAAUGUUCAAAAAUGAUCAGUUUGAACUCUCCAGCUAGCCCUACGGACCACAAAUAAUAUAUAUAUAUAUAUGUACUGUACUGUAUAAAUCAUGUGCUGUGAUGCUACUACUUAGUUAGCACUGAUAACAAUGACAAAUCCUUUGCAGACUGUUAUAAAACAAAGAGCAGGGAAGGAAGAACUUCCCUGCUCUUUGUUUUCUAACAGUUAUUUUAUUGAGUGAUUUAUCCAUUCUUGUGUAUUUUAUAUUAUUUUGGCCCUUGUUUGAUGUGACGUGUUUGAGAGCAACAGAAAAAAAAAGGUUUUAAUUGUGGCUAUUUAUUUCCUAUAAGAUGUUGUUGUUUUUUUGUUUUUUUUCUAACUGUGGAAAAAAUCACACAUCAUGUGUCCCAUCAAUGUCGACAUACGUUUGCGUGGGAUGCAAAUCCAUCAGGGGAAUAUUUCUCUGAGUCAGUCACUGAGUAAAGGUAGUUGCCUAACACGCCCACUCCUCAGACGUCCACUCCUCAGACGUCCACUCCUCAGACGCCCACUCCUCAGCCUAUAUAAGUGCUUUACUGCAGUGCAGACAGGCAACAAACAAGGAUGAGGUCCUUCAGUGCGUGUGUUCUGCUGAGCCUGGCUGUGGCUGUUUACUGUGCCCCACAGCCAGAAAUUACGUUGCAGGAUGAAAACCUAGCAGAGAGCUACUUAAAGAAAUUUUUCAACCUCACGGAAGAAAAAGGUCCAACGUCCAGACGAGGUAUCAACCCCGUCACCAAAAAGUUGUCCGAGAUGCAAAGGUUCUUUGGUCUCCAGAUCACUGGGACACUGGACGCCGACACCGUAGCCAUGAUGAAGAAGCCCCGCUGUGGCGUCCCGGAUGGCAACCUCGCCCGUUUCUCUACAUUUGGAAGAGACCUCAAGUGGGAGAGGAACAGCCUGACCUACAGGAUCGAGAACUACACGCCUGACAUGUCCAGGUCUGAGGUGGACGGCUCCAUAGAGAAAGCACUGCAGGUUUGGGCCAAGGUCACUCCACUGAGGUUCACACGGAUCUACAGUGGCACCGCUGACAUCAUGAUCUCUUUUGGACGCCAAGCACACGGUGAUUAUUACCCCUUUGAUGGUCGUGACGGCACUCUGGCUCAUGCCUUUGCUCCUUCUAGUGGUAUCGGAGGAGACGCCCAUUUUGACGAAGAUGAGACCUUCACCUUCCGCUCCAAUUCAGGCUACGUCCUCUUCAUGGUCGCUGCUCACGAGUUUGGUCACUCUCUGGGCUUGUCUCAUUCGGAUGACCCUGGCGCUCUGAUGUACCCGACGUAUACAUACAGAAACCCUGAAACAUUUGUGUUACCCAAAGACGAUGUCAAUGGCAUCCAGUCUCUCUACGGUCCAAAUCCAGACAAAGAUCCAUCUGUGGUUGUUCCUCUGCCUCCUUCCACCCCUGACGCCUGUGACUCGACCAUGGUGUUAGACGCCGUCACUACCCUGCGAGGAGAGAUGUUCUUCUUCAAAGACAGCUUCUUCUGGCGCAGCUUACCCAACAGCAGGACACCACAGCAGAGCCUCAUCACAAGUUUCUGGCCCACUGCACCAGUCAAUAUUGAUGCUGCGUUUGAGAGCAGGCAUUCAGACAAGAUCUAUUUCUUCAAAGGUCGCAGAGUGUGGGCGUUCAGUGGCUAUACUCCAAAGAGAGGCUAUCCGAAAAAACUAACCACUUUUGGUUUGCCAAGAAGUGUUAGGAAAAUCGAUGCGGCCCUAAAUGACGUACAAUCUGGAAAGAUUCUUCUCUUCUCAGGGGAUUACUAUUACAGUUACGAUGAGGCCAGACGGGCCAUGGACCAGGGUUACCCCAAACGUGUUGAUCAGACCUUCUUUGGACUAAACUCCAAAGUGACUGCAGCCUUCCAGUACAGAAGUUUCACCUAUAUCUACAGUGGACCCUACAUGUUUGAGUACGACCUGAGGUCUGGCAGGUUGUACCGUGUGCUGAGGAACGCCUACUUCCUGCGCUGCACUAACUUCUAACAUUGUUGCUGUCAAGGGUUGGUGAAAGAGACUUUCACAUGGGAUGGGAGGGAAUGUAAAAGUAACAGUAUUAAAACAUAAAUAUAUUUAUAUAGGCUUGUGUAAUAUCCUUUAAAAUGUAUAAUUCCAUGAACUCUAAAGGCACUGUAUUCCAUUAUUAUUCCAAGUAUUUGAAUAAAUAUUUUUAUCUUUAUGUCCCACGUCUCCUUUCUAGUCAAUUUCAGAGACUAAACAGGAAGUGAUU